AAGUCAGUCUCCACUUCCACUCAAAGGGCAAAAGCAAAAACAGCAAAAAAGGAAGAUGGCAAGACUAUUGUUACUUUUCCUCCCGGGUCUUGUGGCCAUAUGUGCCGUGCAUGGAAUAUUUAUGGACAGACUUGCUUCCAGGAAGCUGUGUGCAGAUGACGAGUGUGUCUAUACUAUUUCUCUGGCCCGAGCUCAAGAAGAUUACAGUGCCCCAGACUGUAGAUUCAUUAACGUUAAAAAAGGGCAGUGGAUCUAUGUUUACUCAAAGCUGGUAAAAGAAAAUGAAGCUGGAGAAUUUUGGGCUGGCAGUGUUUAUGGCGAUCAACCUGAGGAUGAGAUGGGAACUGUGGGUUAUUUCCCCAGCAACUUGGUCCAGGAGCAACAUGUGUACCAAGAAGCCACCAAGGAAGUUCCCACCACGGAUAUUGACUUCUUCUGCGAGUAAGAAGUUAGACAAAUUUGCAGAUAGAAAGGAAACACCAAAAACAAAGAAAAAAGCAAAAAUAACCAAAAAAUACAUGUCCCUAAUUUCUGA